CCGCGAGCAACCGCCGCGGAUUGACCACAGCGUCGUCGGUGAAGACUUCGCUUGCGUUCGAGGCUACGCAAACGCGCCUGAGACAUCACUUCGACCAACAUGAACGGAUCCGGGGAUAAGGGCGUGUUGGCAACGCACCAGGGGAACGCGUAUCGCAGCGGAAUGGCCACCGGAAUGGCCAAACCGGGUGACACGUUCCAGAAGCCGGCGCCCGUCAUGCAAGCCCCGGGUGCAACGACUUCGGGCGAUGCCGGCAAGGAGAACGCCACCGCCUCGCGCGCCGCGGCGGCGCCAGCGAGCACCAGUGAGCCCGAAAAGCAGGAGGAGAAGCGAUGGCAGCUGAGCGACUUCGACAUAGGCAAGCCCCUGGGCCGCGGCAAAUUCGGCAACGUUUACCUGGCCCGCGAGAAGAACAGCAAGUACAUCGUCGCCCUCAAGGUUCUGUUCAAGCAGCAGCUGCAGCAGUCGCACGUGGAGCACCAGCUGCGACGCGAGAUUGAGAUCCAGUCCCACCUCAGGCAUCCAAACAUCCUGAGGCUCUACGGAUACUUCUACGAUCAGAACCGCGUGUACCUGAUCCUCGAGUACGCCGCCCGCGGAGAGCUUUACAAGGAGCUCCAGAAGGCGAAGAGGUUCAGCGAGAGGCGCUCCGCCACCUACAUCGCGUCGCUCGCCAGGGCGCUGGUGUACUGCCACAAGAAGCACGUGAUUCACCGCGACAUCAAGCCCGAGAACCUCCUCAUCGGCAUCAAGGGCGAGCUGAAGAUUGCCGAUUUCGGCUGGAGCGUCCACGCGCCCAACUCCAGGCGGCAGACGCUCUGCGGUACCCUCGAUUACCUGCCCCCCGAGAUGGUGGAAGGGCGGGACCACGAUUCCGCCGUCGACGUGUGGUCGCUGGGUGUGCUCGCGUACGAGUUUCUGUGCGGCGUGCCCCCGUUCGAGGCUGAGGGCCACAGCGAGACGUACAAGCGCAUCCUGCGGGUGGACCUUCACUUCCCCUCGCACGUGAGCGCCGACGCCCGCGAUAUGAUCAGCGGGCUGCUGGUGAAGGAUCCCAAGGCGCGUCUGCCGCUGAGCAAGCUACUGGACCACCCCUGGAUCAAGAAGAACGCGUCGCCCAACGGGAUCCCGCAGGCUGAGAAGGAUGUGGCUGUUUAAACGAGGUGAGAGAGGUCCUCAGGAGGGAAAGAGAAGGAUCACCCCGAGGUGUGGAGGGAGAGAGAUAUGUGAGAGGAGGUGGCGUCUUAUUAUUUCUGCGUGGAGACGCGGAAGCACGCAUGCACCCUUGAGUUGCAACGAGAGACGGGCGUGAAUUC